AUAUUAAAGAUUUUGCCAAAAUAGCUGCACCAUUAUUCCAAUUCACAAGGAAACAUAUCAGUUUUGCAAAAAAUUGGACGUCAACAACCAAGCAAGCAUAUGACAAAUUAAAACAAGCUUUAACAACACCACCACUACUAUUAAAUUUUCCAGAUGAUAAUUCACAAUUAGUAUUAUCCACUGAUGCAUCAGGAGCAGGUAUGGGUGGUGUUCUUCGACAGCAUACACCAAAUGGCAUAAAAGUUAUUAAAUAUUUAUCGAAAAAAUUCAAUAACGCCCAGAAAAAAUAUUCCACAACAGAAAAAGAAUGUAUGGCCAUGGUUUGGUGUAUACAACAAUUAAAAGAAUAUGUAUGGUGCCGACCAUUCAUUGUAGAAACUGAUCACUGCCCCUUAUGCAGUUUUGGAAAAAAGAAAUCAAACAAUUCAAGAAUUGAUAGAUGGCAGGUGGCAUUAUCAGAAUAUCAAAUUAUGGCUAUCAAAUAUAAACGAGGUAAAUGUAACUGCGAUGCAGAUUUAUUAUCUAGAUAUCCAGAACAAUCUCCUGACCCUGAUGAUGAACAACAAUUGCUAUCAAGACAAUACCAAAACGAAGAGAACCCAAACCAAGAAUUAUCGUCACCUGUUAUUAUCAAUGCUAUCACAAGAUCCAGCACUAAACAGUUACAAUCACACGCAUCGCCCAAUACAAGUAUGACACGAUCGAAAACGCAGAAGGCAACAAAUCCAAUAAAAACAACAAAUACAGCAAAUGAUAUAUCAAUUAUACAAACAAAUACUCCAUUACCCACAACAUCACCAUCGCUCAAUAUUGAUUUCAGUCUGGGACGCAUUAAGAAUGAACAACAAAAAGAUAAAAUUAUCCAAGCUAGAAUGCAGCAAAUCAAUAACGAUCCACACAAAUAUUCAUCAGACAUCGUCCAAGAUGGUAUACUAUACAAAUUAAUUGAAAGAGGUGUCUCAACAAAAUUUAAAUUACCCUGGAUACCAACAAAAAUACAAUCCGAAAUCUUAUUUGCAUAUCAUGAUCACCCUUUCAGUAGCCAUUUUGGUGUGCGACGAACAUAUCACAAAAUUAGAAAUAAAUAUUACUGGAUAAAUAUGUUUGAAUCCAUACAAAAUUACCUUCGAUCCUGUCAAAAAUGCACCCAAUUCAACACACAACGACGGAAGCAGCCUGGUCUCUUACAAAAUCAACAGCCACCACAAGGCGUUUUCGAAAUUAUGCAAAUGGAUUUCUGGAAAUCCCCAUUCAAAUCAUCCGAAGGUAACCAAUAUGUAUUAGUAGUUACGGAUCGGUUAUCCAAAUAUGUGUUUGCCAAAGCGUUACCAUCAGCAACAGCCAAAGACGCAGCACAAAUGAUAUACGAAGACAUUGUAUUAAAACAUGGUGCAAUCAAACAAUUACAAUCAGACCAAGGCCCUCAUUUCAAGAAUGAAUUAAUGGAAGCCAUCACAAAAUUAACCGGAUGCAAACAAAUAUUCUCUAUCCCAUAUCAUCCAAUGUCUAACGGUCAAGUCGAAAGAUUCAAUUCAACAUUCUGCGACCAAUUGAAGAAAUACAAUAACAUCAAUAUUAACGACUGGGACGAAUAUUUACAAUCCAUUGUAUUCGCAUACAAUUCUGGCAUUCACGCAACAACGGGCUUUACACCAUAUGAAGUUGCAUUCACUCGAAAAUUGUUAUCACCAUUUGACCCACCAUCCGCAAUAAUAACAAUGUCAAAAUCAAAUGAUUAUUGGGACAAAGCGAAUGCAAUUAAGAAAAUUGUUAUUCGUGCUGUUCGAUUUAACAUCCAACAACAGCAACAACUAAGUAAACAACGAUAUGAUCGAGGAAGACAACAUCCACAAUAUAAAAUCGAUGAUUUAGUUUGGGUCAAAAUAUUAACUGAAAGAUCAAAAUUAGAUGGAAGACAUCAUGGGCCAUUUCGGAUUGUACAAAAAUUAAGUGAUGUGAAAUUUAUCGUUCAACAUGAAGAAGAACAUUAUCAACAAGAAAAACAUAUCAAUCACCUAAUUCCAUAUUAUGAACGUUAUUAG